CUGUGUCAGCGCUUGAAAAGGAUAACAUCGAUGAGGCACGAGUACAGUCAAUGUUGUCGAUUGAGGUCCUGAAGUCGAUAGAGGCAGAUGCGCGAACUUUGCGUCCUGCUGCUUCGUGUUUGAAGACAUUCUAACGGCGUGCUGUCCUCUAACGCGUGGGUUGAGGUAACGUCGUGAUUGUCGAAGCAUGGAGUAUCAGAGACGCUAUAUAAAGACUAUAAAAUCAGGAUAUCUCAGAACGAGUAGCCUCUCAGAUACUGAUCCUAAUCCUAAUCUCCUCAUGCCCGUUGCGACUGCGCGCGUCGCGUCGUGCGGCAUGAUGACGUCGUGCCCCUCCAUAACAGCUUCUCGCGGCUGUCACGCAUGCUCAGAAUCACUGCCGGUACAUCACAUGGCCGUGGUCAGCAGUGGACCGAUAUCUCAAUUUGUGAGAAAGAUGGACUCAAGUAAGAUAAAAGCAUGGCAUUUGCGAGGCGAUGAAUGCGUCAUGGGAAGCAUGCGGCAACAGAUGACAGGUGCGAGCGCCGUGGGGGGGCACCAACUUCAUCCUCACAGCAGCAUUCUGCCAAUCUUCCUCACAUACCAACAACGCCGCAUACUAUGGCCGGUGAUAAACGCAGUAUAUACCACACAGCCAGUAGUUAUACCCCUAGGAGUCGUUUGAUAGCUGAAACUUGCGUAGGCCAACCACAAGACGCUCCUACCAGGGUUCGUCUGAAGCAUGCUCGCUGAACAGAGGGCGACGCACUAGAGUUUAGCUCGGAAUUCUGAAGACUAAGAUCCACUCUGAGUGUGCAUAAUAUCAUGCGGGCUUUAUUUG